AUGGCAAUGCCAGGCCACUCACCCGCAUUCAACGGACCUUCGAGUCCUCCUCGGUCAUUCACUGGCUACUCCGAACCUCCGCAACCUCCAGCAAUGUACGGCCUUCCUCGCACCAUGCUGCCGCCGUCUCCACAGCAUUACCCUCCUCCACGAUAUUCUCAACCGCCUUUGACAGCGAACUCUGCUGCGAUGACCGUCAACAAUGGAGCUCCACUUCCCCAUAAGAGGCCAGGAAGUAGCAUGUCGAUAUCGUCGAUGUUGGGUUCCGAACCAGAAAAGCCGGCCCAUGAACAAUAUCACAGCCAUGCCCAGCCGUCCAGACCACCUUCUGGCCAGCUCUCGCAUCCAGGACCCUCCAUGUCGCUGGGCGCAGUCAUGUCACCGCCCCAGUACCCAACCAAACAGGGCCCGGGUGAAUACUCGUACAAGCCAAGAUCAAAGACUCCUGACAGGAUGGCAGGCACAGCGCUCGGGGCAAGACCGCAUCGUUCAAGUUCCGGAACCAUGACCCAGCGACCAGGGCCAUUUUACGAACCUCCGCGAUCGGGACCAGUCCAGUCAAAUAUGAACCCGUAUCCGGAACCAAGAUAUACGCCUCCUUUCGGUCCUACGGUAAUGCCCAAGGAUGAAUUUGAUGACCGCGCCCGUCGCACCAGUCUCGGUGGCAUUCUGCAGCGACCAGAAAGUCAGCCCCCGCCGACCAACAUCUCGCCGCCAUUCCCGCCCACGUCACAUCCACCAGCUCGACCAGAGAGUAUACCUCCCUCUCUGCCGCCGAUCGACCGGGCGGGGGGUCAACCAAUGAGCGGUCACGAUCCUCCACGUUCAAACGGGCUGACUGGGCCCUACGACACUCGUCCACCCAGCUUGCCGACUUUGUCUCGUCUUUCACAGGCGGGACCUCCACCACAGCCCGUGUCUAUUCCCCAUGAACGGCCGGCCGCUCAAUCCCUCUCCCCAGAAAUGAGACGCACUCAUCUAAACGGCGGCGAGGGUCGACUGGCAGGAAUCCUCAAUCAACAAGGGGAGCCGAUCUACGGCGCGCCAACCAUGAUGCGACAAGACUCUGUUCAGUCACUAAGCGACCGCUCCGUCCUUGGCGAUCGCUUGCGCACUAACCGAGCCUACUCUCCUUUUGCAGGGUCUGUCGCGUCGGGGCCUUUGGAAGAACAAGUCCGGAAAGGCAGCGAAGAACUAUCGCAACAUAGAGCCAUUCUCGGUUUGGCCAACGAAUCGAAACGUGGAAGAUAUUCACCCGUACCCCAAGCGGUGCAAGGUGCACAGGCCCAGACCCCAGUACCGGAUGCUGGCAUCAAGACCGAGCACGGCCGAGUUUUUGCUGGUAUUGGGAGUGGCCUGGGUUCUACAUCUGCUGCUCCCACUCCCACACCGCAGAAUUUACCUGCCAGCCCGUUCAAGCGGGAUGAAGGCGGUGCUCGCCUGAGUGAGGAGAAUCUGAUGAAGAUGUCUCGAAGCACCUCGGGGAUCAGUAAACGCAACCGGAAGGCUCUGGAUGAGGAUGUUAGAGCGGAAAGCGAUGUGGGUGAGGUGAAGAAGCCGGGCCAAGGGCGGGGCAAGAGAAGCAAAUACUCGCAUUCCUACAAAUUGGACCUUGAGGACACCCCGCUGGGACAGCGAAAGAACGGGGCAUUUUCCACCUCAAAUCCUGUUCGACGAGGAGAGACCCCGACGUCCAAUCCUGCGCAACUGCUUCACCAUCCGCAGAUUCCGCGUCCGUCGUCGGCGGCAGGACGAGCUGCUACAUUCAAACCCAAGAAGGUGAUCAGAAUAUCCUCGGUCGUGGCGCAGGCGCGACGAAACCCGCGUCGACAUCUUGGGUUCUUCAAAUAUGAACCCGUCGUGGGUGUGCCCGACUUCGACCGGGCGCAGCCGCAGAAAUUCGACGUUUCAAUCCGGCCCAAUCUCCUGCCUUCCUUCAAGGAUCCAGAUCACAUCAACUGCACUUAUACCGUCAAGGUGUCGAGCCUGUGGCUUCAACAAAAAGAACGGAAUCUCAUCGGCUGCGAACAAUACCUCUGGGGGUCAGGUAUCUAUACGGAUGACUCUGACCCAGUGGCAGCUGCAAUGCAUUCUGGGUUCAUUCAGUCUGCCCACGUUGAAGAUGCUCUUCUGAAGAGGCUCAUUGACGAGCAGAAUCCCAGAAUCGAAGGUCUAUCGGCGCCGGAUACGCCAGCUCUCGUCCCAGAGGGCAAGGAUCUUCACAUCACUCUGGUUGUGCUGCCACAGUUGGAAAGUUACGCCGACAGUGUCCGCUUUGGGAUCAAGAGUCGCAGUUGGCCUGAACUUGGUGCGGACAACUCGGCAGAACACCCAGCACCGCAUGAUGGUGUGAGUUUUAUGGUUCUCAAAACUCAAUUCAUCGAUGACGGCGUGAUGAGCCGGCGCCUUGGGCGAACGGGCGAGGAGAGACGCAAGCGAUUGCGGGAGGAAUUGGCCGAUCGCAAACGUGGGCUCGAACUUAUGCAGGCAAAAAUCGCCCUGGCCCAGGCUAAGGAGAAAGAGAGAUUAGCCAAAUUAAGUCGCCGCAGAAAAGAGCCACAAGUGGGUGGUGGAAAGACCGCUGCGAGGACAGAGGAGAGAACCUGGAGCAGUAAGGGUCUUCCGGAUCGUUUGCAUGAGGGAGAAGAAAAGGAGAAUCACUUGCCUGCCAAAGACAACGCGGGACCGCAAGCGCAAGAUGGGGGUGACGGAGACCGGGCCGCUGCGACGGAAGAAAUAAUGAAGCUUGACGGAGUGGGACAAAGCCCCGAUUCGUGGAUCAAGCAGCUCAACGACGUCGCUGCCACUGCUUAG